AUGCACAACUUAACGCUCUUCGAGCCUGGAGGGGACAACGUGUCUUGCGGCGGCUCAUCUUUAGGCUGUUCCAAUGGGUCCAGCCUGGAGCCUCUGCCUCUGCCACUGCCGCAGCCCCUGGCGGUAGCAGUGCCGGUCGUCUAUGGGGUGAUCUGCGCCGUGGGACUGGCGGGCAACUCUGCGGUGCUUUACGUACUGCUGCGCACGCCGCGCAUGAAGACUGUCACCAACUUGUUCAUCCUCAACCUGGCUAUAGCCGACGAGCUCUUCACCCUCGUGCUGCCCAUCAACAUCGCGGACUUCCUGCUGAGGCGCUGGCCCUUCGGGGAGGUCAUGUGCAAGCUCAUUGUAGCCGUCGACCAGUACAACACUUUCUCUAGCCUCUACUUCCUCGCUGUCAUGAGCGCAGACCGCUACCUGGUGGUCCUGGCCACAGCGGAGUCGCGCCGGGUGUCUGGGCGCACUUACGGUGCAGCGCGUGCUGUCAGUCUGGCGGUGUGGGCGCUGGUGACGCUGGUCGUGCUGCCCUUUGCGGUAUUCGCUCGUCUGGACGAGGAGCAGGGUCGGCGCCAGUGCGUGCUGGUCUUCCCGCAGCCCGAGGCCUUCUGGUGGCGUGCCAGCCGUCUCUACACACUAGUGUUGGGCUUUGCCAUCCCGGUGACAACCAUCUGCGCUCUCUAUACCACUCUGCUCUGCCGACUGCGUGCUAUCCAGCUAGACAGCCACGCCAAGGCCCUGGAUCGUGCCAAGAAGCGCGUGACCUUGUUGGUGGCAGCGAUUCUGGCUGUGUGCCUCCUCUGCUGGACUCCUUACCACCUGAGUACCAUAGUGGCCCUCACCACCGACCUCCCGCAAACGCCGCUGGUCAUCGGCAUCUCUUAUUUCAUCACCAGCCUGAGCUAUGCUAACAGCUGCCUCAACCCUUUUCUCUACGCCUUCCUGGACGACAGCUUCCGCAGAAGCCUCCGGCAACUGGUGUCAUGCCGCUCAGCCUGA